UUUGAUUCUAAGGGUGAUGGGACUAAAAUCCAAUUUUUAACUUGGGGGCCUGAAAUCCCGAGAACCCUUUGCAUUGCGGAUGGAAACUCUGUUUCGAGAGAAGCUUAGAAAAAACAAGAAGACUGUUGAAUAUCUCUUGGCUUAAAUCCAGCAGAAACAUGCUUUUGUACGGUCUGUUAGUGAUGCUAUUCGAUCACAUGCAAUGUGUUUGGACUCAGUUGGAAGGAAGACAUUUAAUGGGAGGUAGCAUGUCAAAGAUUACUUCUGUUACUAAACUAGCCAUGGAAAUCCAUAUUAAAGCUCGCAGCAGCCCAUAUCAACGUACUACUGAUGUUAAACGUUUCCCAGUUCCAGAUGAAAAGGUACCUUGGAAUGUUGACUUUCCGGAAUAUAAACCAGUUGACUAUACUGCUCCUUCAGUGCAAAAGGGCCCAGUCUGGGCUGAUAUAGAUGUCAGAACAGCAGAUGCAUCUCAGCAGCCCAUAUGGAACAAACUGGACAAUGGAGUCAACCGUGUCAGCCAUAUGGGCCCCUACAAGAUUGUUGAUAAAUGCCCAAGAAAUCCAAUUGGGCGGACUGGAAUGAUAGGGCGAGGCUUGCUGGGACGAUGGGGGCCAAAUCAUGCUGCUGAUCCAAUAGUCACAAGGUGGAAACGCAACAUAUCAGGCGAAGUAGUUAAUGGAGAAGGAGGCCGUCCUAUUUUACAAGCCAUUGUUGUCCAACGUAGAGAUAAUGGUGAAUGGGCAUUACCAGGAGGAAUGGUUGAUCCCGGUGAAGUUGUUACCAUGGCAGUCAGAAGGGAAUUUGGUGAAGAGGCUCUUAACAUGUUAGAUGCAACACCGGAGCAAGUGAAGGAGAUAAAGAAGCACAUAAACAGUCUGUUUGAACAUGGUGUGGAAAUAUACAGAGGCUAUGUUGAUGACCCUCGCAACACUGACAAUGCCUGGAUGGAAACUAUCGCCAUGAAUUUCCAUGAUGACAAAGGAGACAGUGUGGCUAAGUUUAAACUGCAUGCUGGAGAUGAUGCUGUUGGUGUCAAGUGGAUGGAUCUCAGCCACUCCCUACAGCUAUUUGCUAGCCAUGUAGACUUUCUCCAACAUACAGCUAAGCGACUGAAUGCAAACUGGUAGCUUCCAGUCAAACCUCAAGCUUCGCGAGUUAGGGCUUUCAUCAUUGCCAUCCAAGAUUCAGCAUUGAGGAGAGAACAAUAUUAUUCUGUCUGAUUUUAAGGAUCAUUAGAACAGUCCUGGCCAUUGCUAACCUUGCAGCUUUUGUAGGCUGUUGAGAAUGACACCUACUGUUGUGGGUGUAGAAAAAGUUUCCUUGUAGUGACUAAAGCAACAAUGAUGAGAAAAAGGUUUGUGAAAGGGUUGCUAGAGUACAAGAGAAAACAAACCAUUAAACCUUGUGAAAAGUGCAGCUUACCAUGGAGACUGAGAAGAGAAUGUCAUCCAAAAAACACUCAGCUGAAGUCUAUGGUCAAUCACAAAUUCAAAAAUGAAAAAUAAUUAUUGCUUUCUUUUAACGGUCUGAAAGUAAAGGAUCCUUGCUGUUAUUCUCAUCAUAGUGUCGGUUGAUUUUUUUUUUUUCAUUUAAUAAGAAGUUUAAUGUAGCUGAGACAUCUUGCAUUGUUAUUUAUCUUCACAUUUUGUCUUCUACAACCCUUGUGCUUCAUUGCUGCAUUUUCCAUUACAUGUUUAGGUUUUGGAUCUAUGAAUGUAGAAGAUGUCAGUUGAACUAGUUUUGAAAAGUGUGUUUAUUUUCCUCUUGCUUCAUAGAUUUCUCAUUUACCUCAUAACUUGGUUCCAGAAUUUAUUUAGCUUGUGCCCUUAGCAGUUAUUAUUAUUGUAUAUUCUUGUUUUUGUAAAGUGCUUGAAGCCCACCUUGAUAGUGGAGACAGGCGCUAUAGAAAUCACAUUAUUAUUGUGAUAUGAAAAAAAUGUGUGUUCAGUCAGGUAGUAUGGCAAAGGCAGACUAGGAUCAAAUGGGAGUAGGACUCAAUGUUCGUCUGCCAGCAGUAAGUUCCAUUUGUCAGUGUUUGUUUUCAGCUAAGGUGAUUAGCAUGGAGGUGAUGUUUGACCUUCUGUCAGAUUCUGUUCUGGAGUUUUGACCUGUCCAUUUAGAAUGUUGCUUUCAUCAUCCACCCCUUCAUGUUCCUGCUUCUUAAGUUCUGUUAAUUUUCAAAGGGUUGGACAAUGAUACAGAGAUCCAUGCUCUUUUAAUCUCUCCCGGAAAACUGAACUCAUUCUUCUAACAACUAGACAGAAAAGACAAAACCUAGCCAUCCCAUUUCCGAGUAUCCAAAUCGGCGCUCAAUCAAUAAUGGACAAACUCAUGGGUGUUACCAUCGACAGUACCUUAUGGUCCCAACACAUCUCUGCCACAAGCAAAAGCAUCUCCAAGAAAGUCUACCAGCUGUCACGAAUUAAACAUUUUCUAGAUUUUCACACAAGAAAACUCUUCUAUACUACUCACAUUCAAUCAUUGACUUCGCCUCCACCCUCUGGGACUCCGCUAGUGGAGCUUCCAUGAAACCUCUAGCAAGUGUUCAAAGGCGAGCAAUCAAAGCCCUUCUGCUAAAACUGAAAAUAGACCCAAAUAACUUCACCUCUCUCUCUAAAAGACAGACUUCAAUGCAAUAAAUGCAUUGUCAUGCACAAAAUACUGACUGGUAAACUAUCACCAAGACUCUCUAUUUUCCUCCAGUAACACUAGAACUACUCCAAAACUGAAUAUUCCCAUUCCUAGAAUAGACCUUUUUAAAUCAAGUCUGAAAUACUCAGGGAGCAUACUGUGGAACAGCUUCCCUCUGCAUCUUAAGCAAUUGAACUCCCUGAACUGCUUUCGACCUAAAUACAAUCAAGAAAACUAGAUGAGACCUCUAGAGAUACCUCCCAACUCCAGGAAACCUUGUAAAUAUAUGUUUUUCUUAACCAACACUUUUGUAUGUAUUCACCUUCCACUCUUCUUUGAUACCUUACCUUAUGUUUACUAUUAAUUAUUCUCAUAGUACUUAAUUACUUCACUUACUUAGUUUUUUCCCCAGUAAAGGAUGAAGGCUAAAUGAAAAAAAACAUUUUAUUGCUUAUUUUACCUCUUGUUAAUAAAGAAUUGUCAUUGUCCCUACACUAAAAUGUUAGGACUCAGACUACAAGCAAAAGUGGUCGUAUUUCUUGCUGCACACUUAUAUAAUUCCAAUAAACCUUGAUUUUGUUCAGCUGUGACAGGUCUUGAUAAUAAUGUACAAUGCUACAUCAGUCACAGAGUAAGGAGAAACAAAUAGUCUUAUGGUUAGUGUGUGAACCCAAAGGCGUAUUCACACAAGCUGAUGACAUACCAUGUGAUUCAGCAUACAUUCCUUUGUUGACCCUCAUAUAGAGUGGCUAGGAAAGGUAAGACAGGGAUGGAGAGAAAAUUGGCACCAUGGUGGUGGGUCCUGAUAUAAGUGGGGUCUCUAACACUUCACUCCCCAAAGACCAUAAGGUCACUGACCUUCCUAUACCUUUAUUUGUAAGUAAUGCUGUACAUUUCAUGUGUGGUUUCCUUCUGCCAUAAUCUCUUCGACUUUGUGCAGUCAUUAGUCUCACUUCAAAUCAUCACUGUUGUAAUAUAUGAAAUAGCUUCCUCUCAUUAUAUCUUAUCCAAUUAGACUCAUUUUAAAAUGCUCAAUGUGCUGAGACUUUCCUAAAAGUAGAACAAUCAUUGUAGAUUUUAUAAUGUUGACUGAGAUCCAUUUACAUGUAUUAGACUUUCUUUUAAUUAAAUAAAAAAAAUAUAUUAGAUAUAUUUACAAUAUCCAACAUUUAUAUUCUUUUAACUGCGUUUUUUGUUUUGUUAAAAAAGUCUUUUGUCCGCAGCACUGAUGCAACAGCAAUAUAAAUGUGCAUUAGCAAUUAAACUAAAUACAUUUUGUUAUG